CUCUUCGCCUGAUUCAGCCGCGUGUGUUUGUACAUUGUGUUUAGGAGGGCGUCCGAACCCCGCGAGGACUCAUUGAGCGGGGGGCAGCGGGGACAUACACACCAGGCAAAGUUGGUAACGCCAUCAAAGCUUUGACUUUGUAGUAAUUGCAAUUUGCAGUCGUAAUGGCCUAUUUACUAUGCACUCAACGCAGCAUGGCACGGAGAGCGCUGGCGCAGGCGCUGCCGCUUGUGGCGCACUUAGCGAAUGGCAAUCUAUUACAUGUUGGCGAGCAAGCAAAUCACACAUUGCGGCAUGCGGCAGUAUGCGGGUUGGGAGCAUCGCAUCAACUGCAAGCCGCUAGAGGGUUCAGCGAAGACCUGCGUGUCGUCACUAGCUCUCUCACGGAGAACGACUACCAUCGCGUGGCGGAUGCAACCAUGGACAGCAUGGCAGAGAAGCUGGAGGCCUACGUGGAGGAGUGCGACGUGGACGGCGGCGAUGUGGAGUACUCGCAAGGCGUGCUGACCGUGAAGCUGGGGACGAAGGGGACCUUCGUGAUCAACAAGCAGACGCCCAACCGGCAGAUCUGGCUCUCAUCACCCGUCAGCGGCCCGUUCCGGUUCGACUACGAGGGCGGGCGCUGGCGUUACAGCCGCGACCACCACGACCUGCUGCUACAGCUGCAGGAGGAGAUCGGGGGGCUGGUGGGGCGGCCUCUGCAGCUGGAGUGAUGCAUGGGAGCGCUGAGCGUGGCGUGGGCGUGGCGUAGUGCAUGUGGGUGUGGAUAUUGUGGAUGCGGGUUUGGGCGGCGCGGUGCUGGAGUGAAGACGAGGAUGGAGGGGGACAGGGGAGAGUGGGGGUAGCUGUUGGCGGAGGCUGUUGAGAUGCAUGUGGCAACGGAAGCGAGCAACAUGGACACUGGGCAUGGGUCGGCCCGGAAUGGGGUGGCCUCGACCCGGUCCCCGUCUUCUUGUCAAACCAUCACCUCUCUCUUGUACCGGUACUCAAUGCAUGUCCAGCUGAGUUGGCGCAUCAGAGCGUGACAGACAUGUCAGCCCCAGAGUACAAGCCUACCGAGGGCAACUUUGCGCUUCCUGCUAGAUUGCGCACUGCUGGGAACAAAUGUAACAGCACGGGGCA